AUUGUUUACUGCGUCCCUUCCAGCCGUGUUCCAAAACGACGUCGUUUUGGUUUUUGUCCUUUUUCCUGUCUGCCUCUUUUCUUUUCUCUCUCAGGCUGAUAACCCUAACCGACGGAGCAAGAACAACGGCGGAGCCGAGGCGACGGCGAGGAAAGGCGACGGCGGCGGUAAUGGAUCCUCAACUUGCUCCUCCUUGAAAUUUCCAGCUGCCCCCACACCACACACUCUCUCUACCCAAGCCCCACCCAAGAACUAGAGAGAGAGAGAGAGAGAGAGAGAGACAGGGAGAGAGAGAGAUUCAAAGCAGGAUUGAUUCAAAGUUUAUUGAUUCUAUCUCUGCAACGAUAAAAGGGGUGAUUUCUGGGGAACAGACGAGAGAGAGAGAGAGAGAGAUUAUGUGUUUUUGUGAAGCUGCAUGCAGUAAGUGAUGGCCGAAGUCAUUCUAGGGAUGCCAGGACCAUGGGCUGAUGAUAAUUAUGAAGCAUCUGAUCAUUAUACGACAAAAAUUGGUGGAGUUCCUGACUGGCCAAUUCCAAAUACUGCCAUAAGACCUGAUCUGCUUUUGUGCAUUGCAUGUGGAAGCAAUCUCUGUCUUGUUUCACAGGUCUAUGCUCCAGUUUCGAGCAAAACUUUGAAGACUGAAGAACGUGCAAUCUAUGUUUUUGGUUGUGUAAUGCCAAAAUGUGGGAGCUCUCCCAUGAGUUGGCGAGCUCUUCGUGUUCAGAAAUCUUUCAGUGUUGAGGAGUCAAAUAUAAUCUGUCAUGAAGUGGUACCUAAAGCUACAUCUUCCCUUUCAGAUUCAACCAGUGAUUGGCGGGAGGAUUUAUGGACAUUCGACUCUAGAGAAGAUGAUGGAAAUGAUGAUGACAUAGAUCUAGAAGAGUUGGGUAUGGCAUUUUCUGAAGCUGCGAGCUUGACUUAUCUUCCAAAGAAACAAAAUAACAAUUGUUAUCCCAAGUCUAACGUGGAGCCUUUGCCUGUAAGCAAUACAACAAGAGUACACAAUAAUAAAACACCAGUGUUGCCUUGCUUCUACAUAUACACCCAGGAAGAGGCAUCCUCAAGGGAAGUUACUUCUAUUUGUUCGAGUUAUACCUCGCUCUUCAUCAAAGAAAAGCAAAAUGAUCUUGAUGUUCAUGCACAUGAGGAAACAUGGGAAGAGGAGGGUUAUGAAUAUGAUAGAGCUUUGAAUGCUGACAGGACUUACCUCAAGUUCAAGAAACGAAUGGAUGCAUACCCAGAGCAAUGUUUCAGGUACUCAUAUGGUGGAAAGGCACUGUUUGCUACAGGAGGGGCUGGAGAUCUGGGGACAUGCAGGCUCUGUGGUGGGUCAAGGCAUUACGAAAUGCAGUUGAUGUCCCCGGUGUUGUAUUUUCUACAGGAAGAAGCUCGUGCUUGUCAGGAAUAUUCUUUGGAGAACUGGAACUGGAUGACAUUAAUUGUAUACACUUGUUCUGAGAGCUGUUCCAAGUCCAAUCAAGAGAACUUCGACUCUGAAGGCUGGAUUGUAGCAGAGGAGGCUGUUAUAGUACAAUGCGAAAUUGGGCAUCCAUGGAGGGGGUCAUGAACCAGAAGAGAAUGGAGUGAAGUCGUCUUUAGCAUGAAUAAAAGAUCGGUUUAGAUUGGUUUCUAAACCUCUGAGAUGACAAUAUGUGGGCUCGCCUUUUUCCGCGCCCCGCCUUUCGGAAAGGGUUUGGAAAGAAGGCCUCGCAAUUCGGACUCCCGCAGUUCUGAAUCUAAU